GAAUGCCGAGGGUAGCUGACCUCAUAGACCCACCCAGCGACAAUUCAUCCUGGGAGUGACAGGUGAGAGGGAGCAAAGGGCAGCUGGGUGGCCUGAAGCUAGCAGGGUGUGCCCCAGGCCUCUCCCUCUCACCUCUAGGCCUCUCCCAGCAGUGCUUUCUCCCCUGUGACGGCUAAGGACUCUUACUGCCAGCGGCUGGGCUCGGACAGGAGAAUGAAAGGUCUCCGCUGGCGUUACACUCGGCUGCCCAGUCGGGUGGAGGACGCUGUGUCUGUGGACGAGGGUGAGGAAGAGGAGACAGCCCCGGCCCCAUUCUCAGCUCCUGUUCCUGAAGAUCCUGUGGAGCCCCAGCUGGCAGAAGCCAGCCAGGUUCUAGGAACCUCGGAGAUGAGGCAGCUCAGCCUCCACCUCCCGCCAAGAGUCACCGGACAUUCCUGGAGCCUGGCCUUCUGUACGUCGAGAAAUGGCUUCAGCCUGCGGAGCCUUUACCGGCAGAUGGAAGGCCACAGUGGGCCAGUGCUGCUGGUGCUGAGGGACCAGGACGGGCAGAUGUUUGGGGCCUUCUCCUCCUCGGCUCUUCGACUCAGCAAAGGCUUCUAUGGUACUGGAGAGACAUUCCUCUUCUCCUUCUCCCCACAGCUGAAGGUCUUCAAGUGGACAGGAAGGAAUUCUUUCUUUGUGAAAGGAGACUUGGAUUCACUGAUGAUGGGCAGUGGCAGUGGCCAGUUUGGACUGUGGUUGGAUGGAGACUUGUAUCACGGCGGAAGCCACCCCUGUGCAACCUUCAACAAUGAGGUGUUGGCCCGGCGAGAGCAGUUCUGCAUCAAGGAACUGGAGGCCUGGGUCCUGAGCGGAUGCCCCCAUCGUGGGAAGCUUCCUGAAGCAACCAGUGCUCACACUUGCUCAUGA